CUAUAUCCCCUGUGACAUCCAAGGCUUUACCACCACCUACAGGUACUCAUCGACCCCUCACGCCCGAGAGCACUCGCUCGUCAACAACACCACCAGGUCUAUCAAAUUUUGUCGCAUAUACCUCCCCAUCUCCUCCUGGUUUUUUGCAUAAGUCGCUAAGGGAUAAGCCACCGACAGACUCUCCAUCCAGUUCCGGCGAGCCCAACGUCAAACACGAAUACAUGGAUGUUCCAUUACCACCCACGCCUACGACGACUGUGAAGCAGAAAAUCUCAAUACAGUCGCCACGACCUGUGUUGCCUGCUUCAAUCACGUCUCCCAGCAUUUUCCGAUUUUCCACUGAGUCCAACAGUGCAACACCGCCGUCCGACAGCAAAGGCAAGAAACGGGCGAUGUCUACAGCGUCUGAUGUAGAAAGCACGCGCCCGCGGAAGCGCACACAUCCCUGGCCCACACAAGAGAGUAUGUACUCCACACGGAUCAAGAGUGAUAGCGAUGCUGGCGUCAGAGAGAUCGUUUUCAGCUCAGACGGUGAACGGAUGGCUGUCGUAUGCCAUGACCGAACAAUCCGAAUAUGGAGUGUAUCAAAUCGAGUCGAAACUGCCCGUCUUGCGCAAAACUCGCCAAUAUCAUCGGUUGCUUGGAUGGCGGAUGACAAUGGUAUUAUCACGCUGGGACAAGAUGGUAUGAUCAGUAAAUGGACGCGAAACAACCAGAAUCAUUGGCAAUGGGCAAAGCUCCUCGAUGCGGGGAAGGAGGAAUCCAUCAGCUUCACCUACAACAGGGAUCGCCUUGCUGUUGCAUUUCCUCGUUUCGGUGUGAGAGUGUGGCUAUGGAUCAAAGGCACAUGGCAACCACAGCGGUCCAUUCUUCGACAAAAUGUGACGUGUAUCAAGUUCGUUGAGGAUGGUGAGGCAUUACUCGGAGGUACUAGCGACGGCGUAUUAUGGUAUUGUCAAGUGCCCAAUGGGACCCUCCGAGCCUACGCAUUUCUCAAAGCUAAAAUACGACAUCUGGACGUCAGUCCGAACGGAACACAGGCCCUUGUCUCUCAAGUGGGCGCUCGUGCUCAUCUUGUAGGCAUUCAAGGGAUGGAUCGCAAAGGCAAAAUCGAGCAGGUAUAUGCGAUGAACGGAGAUUCGGCAAGUGACGCGAAACAAUCUACCCCUGCGGUGUUCGUCAAUGGUGGUCGUUCUGUGGUGUUCCAUAGCAGAGAGUCUUCUUGUUUGGUCUGGAACAAAAUGAAAGGCGAGGUUUUGAGUGGUCUGGAUCAUGGAGAUGAUGAGCAAACCCAGGCCGUCGCAGGCUUUGACCGUGCAUCUCAUUCAUACAUCGUCACGGGAACUGCACAAGGCCUUUUGUCGUGGUGGAACUCCCCUCCCGAUCAGUGACUUUAGGUAAGAACUUAAAGUACUACUUUUAGCGCACUUGCUCAUCAGGAACAUUGUCUCCGUGUCAAGCAACCUUCUUGAUUAAUUGGGUGAAACAUGCUAAUCAUUCCUAAAUUCCCUCUGGAAGGAUGCGAUGUACCAGUACUUUGCAUGUGCAACCUACCUAAAUUAUGAUAUGAGCAUUCUAUAAUUUUUGUAUGGACAUUAUGCAGCUACUAUCCGUUGUGGUGAUUUGAGGAUAAUUGAUUCGGAACCUGUUUCAUUGUGGACAAAUCCUCAUGAUAAUGGCACUAGUGUUUGGCAUUAUUUGGCUGAUUAGGG